CAAAAUUACAAGGGUUGUUUUGCAAUGGACGAACACAAGCUCACAGAAAUUAACAUGUCUCUCCUUAAGUUACUCUACAAGGGCAAGGACUACGAAAGUACCAUAUUAAGCCGUAAAAUAAUUUUUGAAUUGCUUGAAAACAUGGAAUGCAAAUUCAAAGUUGCGGAGUCGUGGAAUUUGAUCUAUUCGUCGAUUGAGCACGGUUUCUCGCUACGCACCAUGAUCGGUAACAUUUCAAAGAGCAAACCGCCGUUUAUACUGGUCUGCAAAGAAAGCAACGGCAAUACAUUCGGGGUCUUCAUAAAUGACAAAAUAUGCUUCAAGUCUACGCUAAGCGGUAAGACAAGCACUUUCCUUUUUAAGAUGGAGCGUGAACAGGUGAGGGUGUUUAAGUACUCAGGGAACUUGCCGUAUUUUUGCUUAUGUUCACCUAGUUUUAUAGGAUUCGGUUGUAGCGAGGGCAAAUUUGGUCUUUUGUUCAACUCUACGCUCUUGACUGGCUCUUCAAGCCGCGUGACAACAUUUAGCAAUGAGGUACUGUCCAAAGAGGAUAAGUUUACCGUAAAACAAAUAGAAGUGUGGAAUAUCGGCCACUGAUCCACUCUAUAGAGAAUGACGAUGUGCUGUUCGUUGAUUUUGUUCCAUCGUGAAAAAUGCGAUUACUAAAUUAAAAUAGUCUACCACCAAUGAAAUUCAGUCCAGUCGAAUUGGUGCAUUCAUCAUGGCCCAAUCUGCAAUUAUUAGGCAUAUUUAGGUCACAUGAAUAGCAUGAGAAUGGCAGUGAAAUAAAAGGAUGAGUGGAAGAGGGAUGUUUUUAUGUAUAUAGCAGGUCUUCCUAGCGUAUUAGUACCCGAC